UUGAGAAAGUCUUAUUGUAAAUAAUAUAACUUAACGCUACUGUUUCAUCAUGGGAAAUUAUUUUGAGUAAAAAUCAUUUUGGAAAUGUUGUAAAAUCUUAUAUUUAAAUACAAACACUAAACAAUUGUAACAAGAUUAUGACUGACAAGCUGACGACGCUUUACUUUCCCAAGACCAGAGGGUUCUAUCUACUCCUUCCGAUGAAACGUAUGAAUGAAUUAUGCUAUCAGUACUCUACGCGCAUUUCAUGUGUUCAGUAUGCGUUGUGAAGUCGUGGUACUCUAAGUGGACGUAGUAUGACGCACGUUUUCAAAAAUCGGUUCGGUUUUGAAUUCCGAGUUAAAUGGUGUGUAUGACUUUUGUGUGAUGGGCACUUCAAUUAUUGAUUAUUCGGAAUAUACAUCUACUUAUUUUAAAGAUGUAUCAACUGCCAUAUUAUGUGAUAUUAAAAGUAUUGUUGCUGACAACCGUAUUUGCGGAUCCCUUGUACAGGGAAGAAAUGUUGGCCCCAGCUGCGGCCAACGGAGAAACUGAACCAAAUACUGCGGAAGGGAGUUCAGUGGAAUCGAGCAACGACGAUGAAAAAACGCUCACACAACAAAUAUUGGAAGGUAAGUACGGGCUGAUACAUAAAGAAUUGUUCAGCGAUGGUCGGCCGCCGAAGCCGGGGGUUUUGAGCUACAGUAUCAAUCCUGAAGUUCCUAAGGACAACGUCAACAGUCUAGGAGGACUCGUGAAGGACGAGAUAUGGUUAGCCGAAAACCACCUGCUCGUGUUAAAAGGAGGCAAUUUCACACAGACAACUAGUGUUAAUUGGCCGUACAUAGAUAAUUACAUAGCACCGCCCAGGCAAGUAAAAAUACCGGACAAUCCGAAAAUACCACCCCCAUUCCCCAUACAAUUGGAAGACGGGGGUCCGGUAGAUUUCGUGAAGGUAAAUGGUUCAGCGUGGAGACCUCCUUAUCAAUCACAAUUCCAACCGUUCUUGCCACCUCCGCCACCAUCAAAUGGGACGUUCGACGAAGACGACCAGUCAUUAUACUAUCCGCCAAAAUAUGAUUUUGUUUAUCACCAAGAAAACUCAACGAGGGUACCGCCCGGUCCUCUUGUACCCGGAAUCGUAUUGCCGCCUCCGCCGAAUUUUUUCGCUCCUCUCAAUAAACCGAAAAAAAUUAACUUGGACACGAGUAAAACCAUUCCCAGAUUCAAUGAAAAGCCAUACUUCAAAAUGCCCAAGGUAAUUCAUAACGUGAAGAUAUUGCACGAUAACAAUUGGAUACCAAUAUCGAUGUACGAUGCAGGCAACUACGUGGACAAUCCUUUACAGAUAAAAAACAUCGUUACUACUACGGAUAAUUCUGUAGGCUACUAUUACGAUGACAACGUAGAAAACGAUUAUAACCAACAGCAACUAUUCCCUGUGGAUCCUAUCGGCGGCCGUCUCGAGUAUUACUAUUAUGACGGUUUAGCGGGAGGUGGUGGGUACGAUAACAGCUACGACGUAGAGAAACCAAGCAAACACAAUAAGUACGCCGAUCUCGAUGCACAGGUUGUCAGCCGACGACCUAACUCGCGUCCCCAGACUACUCAUGAUAAAUUGACAACGACCAAACCUUAUUAUCAGUACGAAUACACGGCUCCUCAAUACAAAAACCCUCAUCAACCUCAACCCAAACCUGCAAUUACAGUUCGUGUACCAUCUUCAACACCUUCGCCACAACAUCAAGAAAAACAAAAAAAUUAUGAAAUAUUAAGAGGAGUUAAUCGCCCCGAAUGGUCAAAACCGAAAUACGUAGAAAAGCCUGUAUUACAGCCACAAGUGGAACAUUAUUCUGACGUGGUUGAAGACUACGGUGGCUAUGGUUAUCAGACGGACAGGCCUAGUUAUGCCACGGACAACCCGUACCACGCGUUUUUCACGCAGGACGACGCCGGUCUGGUGGACGAAAAUACGAAAAAAUAUUUUGCUCUUUUUGGUCAAAAAGUAAAAGCUGAAAAAGCAGCUCAAGUUACUUCAAUGUCACCGCCUAAAAAUUACAACGCAUACAAGCCCAAACAAGUAUCGCUCAUCGAUGAUACAAUAGUCAACAACAAAAACCCAAGACCGACAAUUAACCCAGACGCCGAAAUUAUUAAAAUAUCUACGCCAUGCUCACCGACCAAAAUCAAAUUGAAACACCAGUCGAUGACCGUCAGGCCUUACCUGUCGUCACAACCAUCUUUGCUGCAGUAUGACUACCAGCAACAAUCUUUGCCUUCGACAGAGCAAGUCGAACAAGUAACACAACUGACUCCUCUUUUCGAUGACAUCAAAAUCAAUUACAGAUAUCCCUUGCCUUCGAAAAAUCCGGAUGCUGAAUAUGUGACGCCACUGGCGCACAUAUCCCUAGCUGACGAUACCAGAGUAAAUUAUCAACAACCAUUGCCAGCGAUCAACGAUAACUCCGAGUUCGUAAUAGCUACAAUAAAACCAUAUUCGUCAGAAUCAGUCACACAACGACCGGAACAUUCGACGGCAAAACCACUACAAUUUGACAAUUAUUACAAUAGGGAGCCAAUUAAAAAUUUCCAGAAAAACACUCCACGGCCGCAAUAUACGAAAACCAAUACGGAGUCAGUUACAACACAGCGUCCAUAUAUAAACGUGUUGCCAUAUAACGAACAGCAGCCAGUGGUGCAAGUGAUCAGUACGACGCCACGGCCAUAUGCCAAUGGCGUACAACAAAUACACAACUUGUACCUGGAAAACCCUUUAAAUAACUACAGAAUACCACAACGAAAUAGACUAAAAGAAGGGUUCCAGAGACCAUACAUUAAGUUCCCUAAGACGUCUCUUGUUGAUGAUGUACGGGUUAAUUAUAAAUUUCCAUUACCGACUAGAAAUCAAGACGCCGAAUAUUUUACUCAAAGGCCUGUUUCUUUGAUAGGCGAUACCCAAGUUAAUUACAAACAACCACUGCCGGCCAAAGAUCCGGAUGCUGAGUACAUAAACGUAGUAUCGACACAACGACCAGUAAAUCGCGUCGUUUCAUAUAACUUACCGGGUAAUAGCGGCAGUCAUUUUUUCUUUAUGUCAACACAUACUGGUCAUCCGAUACAAUACAAUUUAAAUCAUGAUAAUAAUUUUCAGUAUUAUAAAAGAAAUGUUCAAUGACAAAUUGUUUGAACUAUAGUUAAAUUCUGUAUUUCCAUUUUUAGUACUAUGUACGUGGAGAAGAAAAUACUAGAGAUAGAUGGCAAAAAAAAAACAUUUAUAACUUAAUACAAUCAAAAGUUUAAUACUGUUAAAGAAAA